UGUCCCCUCCCCCACCGUACAGCCAACCUGUCAGAACAGGAAGGCACUAACUUCCGUGGGACGCGGUGGUUGCCCUGGGGUUACUCCACUUUUUAAAAGGAGUUCAUUAAUAUCACCGCAAGCUCUGGAUAUACUUCAUAUCGAAAACUCAAUUUAACUUCAUACUUAGAGGAAAGCUCAUGUCAGACCCAAACUAACUCGCGGAAGGGAACAGACAGAGGACGAUUUAAUGAAGCUAAGCUAACUAAGGCUACCACUUGAUGGUUACUACAACAGCCACGGGAAGCUCGCUAUUUGGUGGGACUCAACUUUAUUAUCCUCCGCCGCUCGGUUCGUAUAACAUUUCAUGUGCUGCUGAGCAGAUUCAAGCUGUUUGCUGUACUUUAGUAGUCCGCUUACAGCUCGUAUUCACCACUGUUCCAAGCUCACUGUUGGGGUCUCGUUUGAAUUUCCCUCCAUCGGUAUUGGUCCGGGGCUCCUCUCCCAGCAACUAGCAGCCCCGUGCUAACUGGGGCUACUGAGCCCGAAUACUAUUACACUAGGCCCACGGAUAAGUACACAUCUUGUCCAUACCUAGGAAAAACAAUACAAGGUUGUAAACAAAGCCUGUUUUCUCUUUUUGAGGUAGAGAGGGAGAGAUCACGGUGCCUUUAGUCCACACUCAGGCACUAAGGAUCGAGACUCAGUCAUGGAUUCAAACUCUGGGAACGCUGCCUCGGGCUCUGCCUCCAAGAAGGACAAGAAGUCCAAGAAAAACUACGAGGACGGAGACACAAAGAAGAAGUUUCUGGAACGCUUCACCAGCAUGAGGGUGAAGAAGGACAAGGAGCGUGGGGGCCUGGGGCCCACCCAGCGCCACUCCAGCAGCUACGAGCCCAGCGGACAGAGCACCGCGCUGCACGACCUGAGUGACGAGUCGGUGCUGGAACUCUUCCAACAGAUGCUGGUGGACAUGAACCUGAACGAGGAGAAGCAGAAGCCUCUGAGACAGAAGGACAUCGGCAUUAAGCGGGAGAUGGUCUCGCGCUACCUCCACACGUCCAAGGCUGGCCAGAGCCAGAAGGAGAGCUCCAGGUCAGCGCAGAUGUACAUCCAAGAGCUGAGGUCAGACAUCAGAGACACUCAGCUACUGGGCUGCCUGGAGUCGCUCAGAGUUUCACUCAACAACAACCCAGUCAGCUGGGUGCAGAACUUUGGUGACGAGGGUCUGGUACUGCUCCUCAGCCUGCUGAGGAAACUACAGGAGGAGAGAGACGAGUACCCAAACGUAUCGGGGAAAUGUCAACACGAGAUCAUCCGGUGUCUCAAGGCCUUCAUGAACAACAAGUACGGUCUGAAAGCCAUGCUGGCCACCGACGAGGGGAUCCCUCUGCUGGUCAGAGCCGUGAACCCCCGGGUGCCUCACAUGAUGGUGGACGCCAUCAAGCUGCUGUCGGCCAUCUGCAUCCUGGACCACAACGACAACCUCCAUGAGCGUGUUCUGGAGGCCAUCACAGAGGAGGCGGAGAGGAAGGACAUCGAGAGGUUUCAGCCUCUCUUGGCGGGGAUGAAACAAAACAGCGUGGCUCUGAAGGGCGGCUGCAUGCAGCUCAUCAACGCCUUGAUCAGCCGGGGAGAGGAGCUGGAUUUCAGGGUCCACAUCCGCUCUGAGCUGCUGAGACUGGGACUACGAGACCUCCUGAUGGAUGUCAGGACCAUAGAGAACGAGGAGCUGCGGGUGCAGCUGAAUGUGUUUGACGAGCACGCAGAGGAAGACUCUGAGGAGCUCAAAGCUCGUCUGGACGACAUCCGCAUUGAGAUGGACGACGUGAGGGAGGUGUUCGAGAUACUCUUCAACACGGUGAAGGACUCCAAGGCCGAAGGCCACUUCCUGUCCCUCCUGCAGCACCUGCUGCUGGUCCGCAAUGAUUACCUGGCCAGGCCCCAGUACUACAAGCUGAUGGACGAGUGCGUGGCCCAGAUCGUGCUGCACCGGAACGGCGCCGACCCGGACUUCAAGUGCCGCAACCUCCAGCUGGACAUCGAGGGAUUGAUAGACAACAUGGUGGACCAGACCAAGGUGAAGACCAGCGAGGCCAAGGCCGUUGAGCUGGAGAAGAAGCUUGACGUCGAGUUGACGUCGCGCCACGAGCUGCAGGUGGAGCUGAGGAAGCUGGAGGCGGACUACGAGGUGCGCCUGCAGGACCUCAGCAGCGAGAAGGAGCUGCUGUCCUCCUCCAAGCAGGAGAAAGACAAGGAGAACCAGGGCCUGCAGAAGAAACUAGGCACACUGCAGCAGCAGAUUGAGAAGCUGUCCCAGGACCUGGUAGAAGCCAAGACCAAAGUGGUCACAGUCCUCGUUCCCGUGCCCGCGCCCGCUCCCGCCCCUCCAGUGCCGGGACAUGCGUGCAUGCCUCCCCCUCCACCUCCUCUUCCGGGAAUGCCGGGUCCUCCACCUCCACCCCCUCUCCCGGGAAUGCCGGGACCUCCACCUCCACCCCCUCUCCCAGGAAUGCCGGGACCUCCACCUCCACCCCCUCUCCCGGGAAUGCCGGGUCCUCCACCUCCACCCCCUCUCCCGGGAAUGCCGGGACCUCCACCUCCACCCCCACUCCCGGGCAUGGCUGGACCACCCCCGCCACCCCCACUCCCCGGCAUGGGCGGACCACCCCCGCCACCCCCACUCCCCGGCAUGGGCGGACCACCCCCGCCACCCCCACUCCCGGGCAUGGGGGGUCCCCCGCCGCCUCCACCUUUCCCCGGGAUGGGUGUUCCUCCUCCACCUCCGGGCAUCGGCAUGCCCCCGCCGCCCCCUGGCAGCUGGGCCCACGCGGCCCCCCCCCCGCUCCCCUUCGGCCUCCAGCCUAAGAAGGAGUACAAGCCAGAGGUGCAGCUGAAGAGGGCCAACUGGAGCAAGAUUGGACCAGAGGACCUGAAUGAGAACAGCUUCUGGACCAAGGCCAAAGAGGGCCGCUACGAAAACAAUGAACUCUUUGCCAAGCUCACGCUGGCUUUUUCCUCGGCGACCAAAACUUCUAAAGGUAAGCACUGAGACGCG